AUGGCAUCAUUUCUGACACGAGGCAAAAAGAUCGUGGCCAUCGGCCGCAACUACGCCGCUCAUGCUAAGGAGCUCAACAAUGCCGUCCCCACCGAGCCCUUCUUCUUCCUCAAGCCCACCACAUCCUACAUCACCAACAAUGGCACCGUAGAGAUCCCGAAUGGCAUUGUCGCUCACUAUGAAGUCGAGCUCGGCGUUGUCAUCGGCUCUGCUAAGGUAUGCAAUGUCUCAGCUGCUGAUGCCAUGAUCCACGUCGCUGGCUACACCUUGUCGAUUGACAUGACCGCGCGUAACCUCCAAGACAAGGUCAAGUCCAAAGGUCUUCCCUGGUCUUCGGCAAAAGGUUUCGACACUUUCACACCCACAUCAGGUUUCGUUGACAAAUCUCGUGUCCGUGACCCUUCAAAACUCAAGUUGUGGCUCAAGGUCAACGACCAGAUCAAGCAGAACGGUCCCACGAGCGACAUGAUCUUUGAUAUUCCAGAGCUCAUCGAGCACGUGUCGAGCAUCAUGACGUUGGAAGAAGGUGAUCUGCUGUUGACAGGUACACCACAAGGCGUUGGAGAGGUCAAGGACGGCGACACGAUGUUCUGCGGUUUGGAAGAUCAGACGGGAAAUCUACUCGAACAGCUCAAGAUCAAUGUUGCCAACCGUGUGGGCGGAUACGAGUUCAAGCCCUGA